AUGACCAGCCCCGACGCCGCAAGAGACAAAUUCUAUGAGGACCUACACGCCCUCCUGGCGACUGUGUCGAACGCGGACAAGUUGAUUGUCCUUGGUGACUUCGACGCCCGCGUAGGCACAGACCAUGCUGCCUGGAGAGGUGUGCUGGGUCCCCAUGGUCUCCGCGACUCAAACGACAAUGGCCUGCUGCUCCUUCGCACCUGCGCAGAACAUCUUCUUCUGUCUGCCGGAGCGAGAGAAGGCCACCUGGAGGCAUCCUCGGUCGCGUCAGUGGCACCUGCUGGACUAUGUCCUCGUCCGGAGGCGAGAUCAGCGGGACGUGCUGGUGACGAAGGCGAUCGCGGGUGCUGACGGGUGGACCGACCAUCGCCUCGUCAUCUCGAAGAUGCGUAUUCGCUACAGCCUCGCAGGAGACCCCAAGGUAAGCGACCCCCAGGUAAGCUGAAUGUUGCCUUGUUGUCUUUGCCCGCUCACCAUCUUCGUUUCAGCAAUGAGCUAGCUCAACGGCUAGACGACCUCCCUAUCGCAGCAGUCGACGACGCUGCCUCUGCCGAGAACCCCUCCGUGGAGAACCGCUGGUGUCAACUGCGAGACACGGUCCAGUCGACGGCGCUCACCGUCCUCGGUCGCGCUCCCCGCCAACACCAGAACUGGUUCGACGACAACGACGCCGCCAUCAGAAAUCUGCUUGCAGAGAAGAACCGCCUACACAAAGCAGACGAAGAUCACCCCACAGAGGACAGCAAAGCUGCCUUCUACCGCAGUCGCCGCCAGCUUCAGCAACGACUGCGCGAGAUGCAGGGCGCCUGGACUGCUCGCAAAGAUGAGGAGAUCCAAGGCUACGCGGACCGCAACGAGUGGAAGAACUUAUUCUCCGCGAUCAAAGCCGGCUACGGUCCGCCGACGAAGGGCACUGCUCCUCUCCUCAGCGCCGACGGUAACACUCUCCUGACCGAGAUGACACAAAUUCUACAGAGAUGGGCCGAGCAUUUCCGAGGCGUCCUCAACCGCCCCUCCGCCAUCUCCGACGUCGCCAUCGCCCGUGGGCCGCAAGUGGAGACCAACGUGGACCUCGACCUCCCGCCAUCUCUCCAGGAAACCAUCAGGGCCUUGCAGCAGCUCUCCAGCGGGAAAGUACCCGGAUAG